UUGCUUCAUGGAUCUAGCUACCGUAAUUCAUAAUCAUUUGUACCGUAUACUUACAAUCUAAAAUUCUCCAUCUUUCAAUAAAAAGCCCAAUUUCAAUAUAAAAAAGAAUGCUUGCUCUUUUCAAGUUUACUUGUGCACUUGGGCUCUCAUGUCUGAUUUUGCUCGGAUUUUGUUGAAUAGAACUCUCCAGGGCAUGCAAUUUUCCCAAGACUCUAACCAAGCAUGUCCUCUUACAUGCAACACAAAAGGGCAGGAAACCAUCACACACACACACACAAGUGCAGAACUAACUGUACCAUCAUGACAUGGGAAGAACAAAACAAAAGGGGUUUUAAUCCCAGCCCUGCCUAGUGCCUGCCCAUAGUUAACAAAGUCACCUAGGGCCUUCAGACAAAAGGGAACGGGAAGUUUGCAAUAAAAUUUCUCACAAGAUUCAGAGAGAGAGAGAGAGAGAGAGAUGUUUCAAUGUUUCACACUUUCACUUCAGGAAAAAAUAAGAAAAAAAAUCAGAAGUAAAGGAAAAGACUUUUCAGUAUCAGCGUGUCAGUAUCAACUCAUCCUCCACUAGCACUCUAGCAGGAGUGGAAGCUAUCCAUUGCCCACUAACCCACAAACCCAAUCACUCACCCAUCAUUGGACCCCAUAAAUAAACAAACAAACUGCAAGGCUUGGAGCCUUGGAGCGAGAAAGAAAUGCAGAAAUUGAUAAAAUAGCACGGAGUAUUAAGAUAAUAGAAAAGACUUUACCACCUGCUCCAAGAAAGCUUCUUGGAGAUGGCGCGCACCGAGAAACUCGCCGGCGAUGGCUGCUCCGGCGGCGAAGGCCAAGUGGAGGUGGAGGUCGGCAUGGGGGUGGAUGGGAAGGGGGUCAUAGAGUGCCGUAUAUGCCAGGAGGAGGGGGAGGAGGCCGCUAUGGACUCGCCCUGCGCCUGCACUGGCACACUCAAGUUUGCCCACAGGAAAUGCAUACAGAGAUGGUGCAACAAGAAAGGCAACAUUACAUGUGAAAUCUGCAACCAGGUUUACUCCCCGAAUUAUGUCAUCCCUCCACCUAAAUGCUGUUCAGAUGAAAUGGACAUGGAUCUUAGGCCAAACUGGGUUGGACGAAUCGAUCCUCACGAUUCCCAUUUUCUAGCAAUUGCCAUUGCAGAGCAGCAGUUGCUGCAAGCUGAAUUUGAUGAUUGUGUAUCUGCAAAUUCUAGUGGUGUCACAUGCUGCCGGACCAUUGCUUUAAUUUUGAUGUUCCUUUUGCUUGUACGCCAUGUAAUUGUCAUUGUGAGGGAUGUUAGCAUGCUACAAGAUGCAACGGUGCUGUUCAGUGCAACUCUUCAGUUUGCGGGAUUCUUUCUACCUUGUUAUGUAAUAGCUCGUUCUUGCUAUGCUUUGCAGCAUCGGAGACGAAGACAGGUGUAGGGAGACUCACCUGAACCUUAAAGAACACAAAGGCGUACCAAUUGAAGCGCCGCCUCGGCGAGAGGAUGCAUGGAAGCUUGCGAAGUGAGCUUCCCGUUGUUGCUUGGAGUCACCGCAAAGCAUUUGGUUUCUCUCCUGAAAACGUAGGCGGUUUAAUUAGGUGAUUGAUGAGUAGCGAGAACAGGCGUUGUGAAGCUCAAGUGUACAUACGUUGAGAGAACAAGGCCUUUUGUUUUUACAGCUGGAAGGAAGCAAAAUGUAACCUCACACGUUUCUACUGCAAAUAAAAGAACGAUCUACCAUCA